AUGUUCUAAUAAUGCCUAGACAGACAACUACAUGUUUUCCCUGUCAGACAUGGUAUUGAAGACCAGCUGGAAAAAUGAAAACGAGGAAGACCAACAAGCUAUAUGUAAAGGCACAAUAGGUCCUUUUGGACUAUGCUUUCUCAGUGUCAGUACGUAUUUCCGAAAUAGGUGGCUCCGGCUUUGAGGGCCGGUCCCUAGAUUCAGAAUAAGAACGUAGGCCGGCCUGAUUCUCAGUAAGGUGAACGAAGAUCACUGCGAAAAGCGACGAUAGACAGAUGCGCUUUAACUGGUGAUGGAGCAUUCUCGCUUGUACAGGCCAGAUACCGAGCCGGGUGGCUGCAGCAUUGAGGACCUGUUAGUGUUACACCCGGUUACGUCCACAGUGAGUCUGUGUGAGGCACAGAAUUCUACACGACUUGUAAGUGUAGAAUUCUGUGGUGUGAGGUGAACAAGGCACAAAGCGGCGACAGAGAAAUGCGCUGAAAGGGGCUGGAGCUAGGCUUUCUGGAGCGUUCUCGCUGUGUAGAACCGACUAUAUAUGUAUAUUCCAGGCCUUGGCUGGGCUAUCUUUGGGAGUGAAUGAUGUUUUCGGCACAGGCCAGCGGCCAGGCUACUUUGUCACGUGACAUAAUCUUUUGAAAAAGAGGCGCGUCAAAAUGGCGUCCGAGGAGUCUGUGGCAAGUUCUGCUCAAGCAUUGGUCAGUCUCAAAGAAGGGUUGGGUUCACCACAGAGAAUUGGGCAUUACCCAAGCAGAAUCAGGAAAAAGAAUGCUAGGUUUUUCAAUGAUGAUGAAGAAACUGAUUACCAAGUGUCAAGGACUCCCAAAAGAAGAGCUGUUCAGCCUCCAGCACCUGCCCCAGUUAGACCAGCCCCAGUGUCUGCAGGGUUGGACAAAAGAGCUGCUCAAGCCACAGGGAUGCGACUGAGGAAUCUGCUCAAGUUGCCUAAAGCUCACAAAUGGGUGUGCUAUGAAUGGUUCUACUCCAACAUUGAUGCCCCACUGUUCCUUGGAGAAAAUGAUUUUUGCAUUUGUCUAAGAGAAUCAUUCCCCCAGCUCAAGUGUAAAAAGCUUAGGCGAGUGGAGUGGAACAAGAUACGCAGACUUAUGGGAAAACCAAGAAGAUGUUCUCCAGCGUUUUUAGCAGAAGAGAGAGCAGUGCUGGAGGAGAGAAGGGAAAAGAUAAGGCAGCUUCAGCAACGAAAAACUACAGAAUUUAAUUCCAUCAAAGAGCUUCCAAAUGAAAUUCCAUUGCACCUUGUCAUUGGCACAAAGGUCACAGCGAGAUUACGCAAGCCUCAAGACGGGUUGUUUACAGGCACAAUAGCUGCUCUGGAUACGGCUGAUAACUCCUACAGAGUGGACUUUGACCGCCCUGGGCUGGGAACACACUCAAUACCAGACUAUGAAGUUUUGAGUGAUGAACCCCCAGACAGCAUUUCCAUCUCAGCAUUUCAAGAGAAGCCCAAACGCCAGCCCAUCAAGCAAAUUAACACAGUGCCUAAAUUUGUCCCUGGAGUUGUGACGGGGUCAAAUGCAUCAUUUACUUCCGGUGGAGAUGUGUGUAUACGACCUUUCAAAUCUCUUGGUUUUGAAGGCAUGGAGACGCAUUCACCGUUUAAAGGGAAGCUAGUGAGUCUGGAAGGUGGAACAUAUGGAGGUUUCCCUAUCAAGUUUUUAGUUCUGGUGACAAGAUUGUCUAAAAUAUUGCAAGUUAAAAAAGAGUGGAUAAAGCAGCUUAGUGAUAUGAAUACAACUACAGAGAAAAAGAGAUCAUUUCAAGAGCCUAUUUCUCUAGCAUUCCAGAAAACUUAUGCUGGCAUCGUUGUGGAAUUAGAGAAAUUGAACAAGGAUCUGAAUGAAUAUCUCAAUGGUGUGCAGACAUAUUGUCAAGAUAUCUCCCCUGACCAGGGUGUGACCCCAGCAGAACCACCGUCCGAGAUCAAGAGGAAGUGUGACACUGAAGCAGAGGAGACGGUAGCAAGGAUAUGCAGGGGAAUGUUACAAAAUAGAAGAACGGCUAACAAUGAACGGGUGCUCAAGCUUGUGUCGGACUUGACCUCUAUAAUGCUUCAGAUCAGGACCUUUUCAGAAAACGAGAACAGUUCCUUUGAAUUCGGAUCUCUUCAGGACAGUCUGCAAGCAAUCAAAGGUGGUUUGGACGCUAACAACUUAAAUGUCUUUCAGAACAACGUGGAGAUUCACAUCAAUCACAUCCAGAGUGGCCUGAGUCAGAUGGGUAAUCUACAUGCGUUUGCCGCUUCUUCCAGCUCGACGGGGGUAUAGCCGAGAGACGUCACACUGGUUGUGGGGCACACCGACUUUUCUAUGAAAACAGAUUUACUGCCGACUGUGUCACAGGACGCUGUUACCUUGGCAAGAAAAUUUGCUGUGAUGGGCACAGACAUUCUCGGAGAUAGGUUCUCAACAAAAUGUGUGAAUGCGGUGCACCAACAUUCUCAGAGGUUUCUUUUCAGGAAAAUUCAUCGCAUCGCGCAUUGACCAUCUCAGAGGGACAUCAACAACGGGCUGUAGAGAGCUUCAGAAUCUCACAGUGUUGUUUGAGGCAAGGCAGUUGCGUUCAUCCCUUAGUAAGGAAAUUGAAUCACAUAAUGGAUCUUUGCCAGUGAGUCAGGAAAAGAGAUAAUGGUUCCAAUUUUAUAUGUAGGUCGCCAAUCUGUGCCGUACGUGAUAAAGUGGCGACACAUCCCACCAGCAGUCUGUCACAACCACAUGCCUGCUCUUCACAAUACUGCAUUUUGCAGACUGUCCAAAUGAGGCCGAAGUUGUGAGAAAAAUAUCAGUUGUAUUGCCUGGAAUGUCACUUUGAGAACGGGCAUAAUCUUUUUCUUUGGUCAUCUUAUAAAAGCAUAAUUACCUCCCUUGUCAUAAAUGUUCAUAUACAGAAUUUAAUAUGUACUCAAAGACUUGACUUGAGGAUUUUAGUUUCCUCGUCUGCUACAGUGGAAUCCUGUUAUAACGAGAGGGAGAGGAUCGGUGAAAAAUGUAUGUUAUAGCAGGAUUCUCGCUAUACGGGAUCCAGUUAUAAAUUCAAGGGAAACUGUAAAGUAGGCCUAAUCUAUGAG